UAGCUCGGACUUGUUUUCCUUAUUCUCGAGCAGACUCUCGCGAAGGCACUUCGGCACUGAGUGAUAGCAACGAGAAUUAGUUAAUUUAUGCGCGAUUACUUCUUGUGUUUGGUUAAUAAUUUAUCAAUCGCAGCCCCGUGAUGGAUGUGCCUUUGGUUAUCGCUGAUUUCGUGCACUUGAUGUCGAUAACAGGCUUGCUCUUGAAAAUCUUGUAUACCCGGAAGUGCAAUGAUGUAAGCGUCAAGACGCAGUUUUUGCUUGCUUUGGUGUUCAUCACUAGAUAUUUAGAUACGUUCACUGCAUGCAUUCCAACAGCAUAUGGCUUUAUCACGAGGGGAUUGUCUAUCCUUGUUACAUGUUCUACUUUAAUUACAAUCUGUGGUUGUUGUAGAAAAAGCUAUGAGAGCAAACAUGACGCGUACAGAAUCAUGACGCUAUUGGCUCCAUGUCUGGUGUUAUCCGUUUUCUUCAAUCACGAUUCCACCAUAAUCGGGAUCUCCUGGGCGUUCAGUGAAUACCUGGAGGCCGUGGCAAUGGUUCCCCAGUUUGUGCAUCUAGCUAAUGUACGUCGCGCGCACGUAUCCGUUCUGUGCUAUAUCACAGCUCACGCUGUCUACAAGUGUCUCCAUGUCGUCCACUGGAUACGCCAGUACCAUCAACUGAACACCUUUGACAACAUUUCGGCCAGUAGUAGCAUCAUACAGUGUUUACUCUACUCAGACUUUUUCCUUAAUAUUUGGCACCGACUUGAGCCGGUCGUCGACGAGGCUAAUGCUCACAGACUUAAGGAUCAGCUAACUGACGUGAAAAGUGAAAAGGUAUACGAGGAAAAUGGUUAUUUGAGCUCGAAUAUUAACGUUGUCGAGCUAGAUUCGUCAUUUCUUAAAACUGAGGACAAUAACAAGGACUUACUUAAAAUCAAAGAAGAUUUCUGAAGUAUUUUAAACUUAACACAUACUGGUGACUAUACUAGUAAAUUUCGUGAAUAAAACUUUUCUAGUUUUUCUGUUGUAAAUAUUACAGAAAAUGUGACAAGUAAGAGAAGAAGUUGAUAGACAAUUCCUGUGAUUAAUAUAAGACUAAUAAGGUUCAACUUCUAUAUAUAUAUAUAUAUAAAACGAUAGCAAAAUGAAUAGUUCAUGUAAAUUUUUUAAUAAAGCAUUAUUUUUUUGACUUUAUAA